GCUGUGCCUGCUUGUGGCAUUUUCUAAAGGCAAUUCUGCUGUCGGAUGCUGUAACCCUGCCUUCCUCCUGUGCUCCUUUCUUCUCCCCUCUCCCACCACUUCCCAAUUCCACUAGAAGGUACCCUUCCUGAGGCAGAGCCGUGUCUCCCCAUGCUGCCAUCCCUGGCCCAGCCCCGGCCCUGCACCCUGUGGGCCCUCAACAACAGAUUCAUGCCAGCAGGUUGGGAGAGAUCGCAGUGUCUUUGUGUCGCGGCCGAGGACCCCAGAGCUGCAAGCUGGGAGACACCUGUUCCCAAGGCGCACACACCUCCCUCCAGCUCACAUCUGAGCCUCCUUGAACCCUUAGUAUGUGCUAGUGAAGAAGACAGAUGAUGGACGGGACGGAAGGAAACGCCCCGCAGCCCUGCGCGGCCGAGCGGUCUCAUCGCAGCAGCGUGUCCUCCGUGGGAGCCCGAGGAGCGGACGUACUAGUGUACCUGGCGGAUGACACUGUGCUGCCCCUGGCCGCGGAGCACCUGUCCUCGCUCAGCGCCCAUGAGCUGCACCGCGCCGUCCGCGAGGCCCUGCAGCUCCCAGACAUCGCCCUGGACGCCUUCGCGCUCUGGCUUGUCUCGCCUCUGCUGGAGGUGCAGCUGAAGCCCAAGCACCAGCCCUACAAGUUGGGCCGCCAGUGGCCGGAGCUGCUGCUGCGCUUCACUGAUGCCCCAGAUGACGACGUGGCCACAGAUGAGCCGUCCCUGCAGUUCCGAAGGAACGUGUUCUUUCCAAAGCGGCGGGAGCUGCAGAUCCACGACGAGGCGGUCCUGCGGCUGCUGUACGAGGAGGCAAAGGGCAACGUGCUGACCGCGCGGUAUCCGUGUGAUGUGGAGGACUGCGAGGCCCUGGGCGCCCUGGUGUGCCGCGUGCAGCUCGGGCCCUACCAGCCAGGCCAGCCCGCUGCCUGCACCCUGAGGGAGAAGCUGGACUCCUUCCUCCCGGCCCACCUCUGUAAGCGCGGCCACGGGCUCUUCGCUGCCCUCCGGGGCCGCGGGGCCAAACCUGUGGUGGGCGAGCAAGGCCUGCUGGAUGCCUACCGCCAGGUGAAGGAAGCACUGGACAGCGAGCAUGAGGCUUCCCUCAGCACCCACCACCGCGCCUACCUCCUCAAGUGCCACGAGCUGCCCUUCUAUGGGUCUGCCUUCUUCCACGGUGAAAUUGACAAGCCAGCCCAGGGCUUUCUGCACCGGGGCAGGCGAAAGCCGGUGUCAGUGGCCAUCAACCUGGAGGGCGUGCAUGUCAUCGACAGCAGGGAGAAGUAUGUGCUGCUGGGCCUGGGCUUCCAGGAGCUGUCCUGGGACCACACCUCCCCAGAGGAGGAGGAGUCUGUCCUGUGGCUGGAGUUCGACGGGGACAAUGAGGGCACACCCGUAAACAAGCUCCUCAAGAUCUACUCCAAGCAGGCUGAGUUGAUGAGCAGCCUCAUUGAGUACUGCAUUGAGCUGAGCCAGGCCAUGGAGCCCGCCGCACCCCAGGAGAGCAUGUCUGGCGCCCCCCAAGCCCCAGGUGCCUCCAUAGCUCCCUCCCAGCGCCCCCAGCUGCGGAGGCAGGGCAGUGUGGUGUGCAGCCGCCUGCAGCACCUCGCCACCAUCGACUACGUGGAGGAUGGUGACCACAUCAGGCGGGUGAGACCCAAGCGCACCACGUCCUUCUUCAGCCGGCAGCUGUCUAUGGGCCAGGGCAGCUACACCGUGGUGCAGCCCUCCGACAGCCUGGAGCAGGGCUGAGGCGGCCGUGCAGGCAGGAGGUGGACACCUGCGCCGUCCAGACCUGCAGUACCUCCCCAGGACACGGAGCGGAGGACUACCUCAUGGCCUGGACAGUGGGCUUCUGGGCCUGGGGUGGGGCUCAGCUAUACAGAGCAGACCCAGACCCUGCAGGGUCCCUUUUGCCACCUCCCCCUUCCCCCCAGACUCUGGGCACUGCUCUCUCACAACCAUCUGGCCAAUCCCUCCCACCCAGGGACGGGCCUUUGUGCCCCUCUCAAGAUGGGUGGCGUCCCCUGCUCUGCAGGCCCAAGACAGCUCUGACGGCAGGUGACAGAGACCAAGACUCUGCUGUGCUCCGCUCUCCCCCCUGGACUUUGGGACCACAUCAUGUCCCUCUGUGGGGGCAGGAACUGAGAAGGGAAGCCCCGUGUCCAUACCCUCCCUGGCUGGAGGGAACUAGGGCAAGCUGGGUGGCAGGAGACACCACCAGAAGGAAAGUGCCUAUUGCUAGGCUUUGGUCACAUCACUGUGUUGGAAGGGGGCUGCCCCCUGAGCCCACAAGCCCCCCAGACCCACAUGCCACACAAGGAGAAGCUUCCAACACCCCUGGGCAUCAGGUUUUCACUCCAGCUUUGGCUCUGAUGCCUGUGGGUGUGGAGGCACUUGAGGGAAGGCCCCCAGCCUGAGCUGCUGCUCUCCGGAGUAGUGCCAUAGCCACCCACACAACCCUGGGACUGCUUGGCAGGACAAGUCCCACCACACCAGGCCUUCCUCCUGGGGACAUGGCAGGAAGCUGGACUGGCCAGAGGAGGGCCUGCCCAGUCCUGGGUUCCCCUGCCAUGGAUUCCCCUGGAGACUCCGAGCUCCUGGGACAUUCCACAGGCAGGGACCGAGGAUUGCUGGGCACAGGGCUCUGUUUUUCUCCCUGGUAGGGGCGGGGGAGAGGAAGUGCAACCUGCUAUCUCCAGGGCCCACCCCCCUCUUGGAGACUUAACCUCCAGGUGUCCUGGGGUGGGAUUGCCUUUGGCAAGUAGGGACUUUGUUUUUUAUCAUCAUGAAGUGUAUCCCCAAUGUCCUCACGAUGGACAUAUGUCCCUCCUGGAGUCAGGGAUUCUGCCCAGCCCUCCCAGCUCCCAGCCCUCUGGUUCUGUCUCCCUCGUUACCUUGGCACCAGGCAUGUAGGCUGGCUGGGCACGCGUGCACAUUGUUUUCAUGCCUCUGCCUCUGCCUCUGCCUCAGCCUCUGUCCUGCAUUCUCAGCAUCCACUUUCCCCUUGCCCGCCUGCCCCAGGGAGCAAUGCAGUAUUCAUCAAGUCCUCUUGAACAUUCUCACUCUUUUUGUAUCAUGUGACAUAGUAAUAAACUAGGUUUCCAGCAAACUUCAGGUUAGCUUGUGAUAACUAAGGUGAAGGGUGUUAGCUGUGGCCUGGGGUUGGUGCCAGGCUGCCUUCAGUUUUUAUUAACCGCGUGGAGGGGCGCUCCAAGUUGAAUACCCUGGAGAACCCAGACGGAAAUUUUCCUAUCUUGGUUUGUCAGGGCCGUGUGGAGUCAGGCCAGGGGAAUUUUGGGGUU